UCAAUAUUGGGGCAUUUAGUUUUUUCCUUAAUUUUUUUUUGACAAUGGCAGCAGAGGUCAUCCCAUGUGGGCUUUAUCCAGACUGCAGCAUGACUUUAAUGUUAUUUUCAGACGUGGAGAAUGCGACAGAAAUUCGAAAAUCUGUCAUGAGUGGGGAAUUUGAAGCAGCUCUCUUGAAAACAUCUAUGAUUUUAGAGCCAUUUCAAGUGAUUGUUGCUGCAAACAGGGCCAUUCAUCUACAAAGAGUUAACAAAAUGAUGACCAAAAAUGUACACUCUGAAGUUUUGUUUAGUCUUUCCCCAAGUAAAAAUAUUUCAGAUUCCUUCCGUAAGUUUGGUGUAGCAGACAGUGAGACAUCAAUCUUUGUGGUUAUAGUCAAUGAUACAGAUGGCGCCACAUGUCAGGCAGUGAGGAACAAGGUUAAAGGUCAAAUUACAGAUAUAAAUGAGGUCGGGAAAUACUCAGAUUUACCAACAAUCAAGAAGGUUUACAAGAUUUCCGACACUGAGCUAUCAGCCUCUAAUCCAGUUGAAGCCAUUGUAUCAAGAAUAGCCAGUAAAGACAUUGUUACAGUGUGACCUUUUUUGACCCCAUUAUCUUAUUGUACCAACAUUGUGACACUUUGUGAGUUCUUUUUAAAAAGUAUGUGUAUAAAUGUAUAUUUAAGGGGAAUUUGAUAAGAAAAUAUAUUAUCCGGGUACUUUUGGACAAAUUGGACAGGUUCUCCUCUGAAAAAUUUACAAAAAUGUGAAUUUCAUAAGAUAUGUUGUAACAACUAUAUAGAAAUUGACAGGUCCUUGAUACUUCUUACAUGUACAUGAAAUCAAAUCAUCUGCAGUACUGAGUAGUGACUUUUGUUUUAUGUUGUAAAUAUUUACGUUUACUAAUUAAGCUGUACGUACCUACCUGCUUCAACAGCAUUCAUAUUUAAAUUU